UUCGUAUCCCUCUGCGGAGCUCUCAGUGCUGCUGCACGCACCACACGCUGCUAUUUGCUUGAACACUCUUUAUUCAGACCAUCUGUGGCCAGGCACAGGACAGGGCUGCCAGAUGUCAACAAGAGGAGAUGUUCAGCCUGAAAUUGGUUUGUUUUAUUUACAUAAGCUUCAGUUUCUCAGUCUGAAAUCACCCAGCGUAUGGGGAGGGAAAGCUGUGUGUGUUAUUUCCUCCUGAAACCAUGAUGGAUGAGGUACCGUGAGCAACAUGAGGCAGGUGAGCUGCUGUUUGCUUUUGUACAGCCAGCAAUGCUGAGUGCACAGAGAGGAACAAUAUGAAUAACAAUGGACAGAGGGUGGUGGCACCAACUCUGGGCAUGGAUGUUUUUCUAUGCAAACCUGCAGAGACAGAGAACUCCUCACACAGGAUUUUCUUCCUUUCAAGGAUCACACGUGGCAGGAGAGGACACACGAGUGUUUCUGCAAGUCCAGGGAGAGACGUUCAGAGCCAACUGCUCAUACGACGUGCAAAAGUAUUUACGUGAGAAGAAAUACUGGUGCAAGGAACAAGCAGAAAGAAACUGUCCAGACCUAACCCUGAGCUUCCCUUCAGAAGGAAGGGCUGCUCCUACCCGAGCUCUGCACCAUCCAGCUGAGCUCAGAGACUCCAGAGGCGGCUGGUUUUCUGUAAUGAUGAGAGCCCUUCAAAAAGAGGACUCUGGCACAUAUCAGUGCGGAGUCUGGGUUGGAAUGAAGCAGGUUUUGCUGCAGAGAAUACAGAUGGUGGUUUCACCGAAGGAACCUGUAACAGUGUUGGCCAAAAAAGGGAAAUCUCUGUUCCUCCACUGCUCCUAUUCCGUGACAGUCAACGUCGGAGAACUCCAGCAUUUUAUUUGGUGCAGAAUGGUGUCCCAAAUUAGAUGUCAACCUGUUGUCAGAGGUAACGCUGAUCACAGUGCUGUUAAAGCAGGGAGGACUGAAAUGAUGAACGACUUCCCAUGGAAAAUGAUUACAGUGUCGCUGAAAAAGCUCCAACUUAAUGACUCGGGAGAGUAUCAUCUCGAGAGCCAUUUCCAGGGGAGAAACAAACUGCUGAGGAGGGUCGUGCUGAAAGUUUUGGACGGCGCAGAAAGCAGCAAAACUGAACGUGCUGAGUGGAAACUAUCAGAUUUUCCUGACCUGACUGAAGAACGCGGGAGGGGAGGGGAAAAAUGGAAUAUAGAUGCCAGCCCCACAGAUGACAGCAGAAAGGACCAGAGGACUUCCUAUGCUGUCAUGGCACUGAUUUCCUUACUGGCUACAGCCGCCCUGGUAGCUACUGUGACACUCAUCAGCAGCUACAUCGGGAAGAAGAGGGCAGGAAAAGAGAUGGACUUGGACAGACAUGCUGCAUUCAGCAAGGGAGAGCUGCAGGAAGGAAGAGAAAAAGCAAGUAGAAUGCCAGACGGGGACCAGAACGAGAGCAUGAUAUAUGCUGCAAUAAGGCACCAAUGUCAACCCAAACCUGAAGAUGUCAUGUAUGUCAACACACAACCUUCACCCAAAGUCUUCUUCCUUCAGGAAGCACCAGGGAGCUCACAGCACACGGGGCCUGUGGAAUAUGCCACCCUUAUCUUCAAUGAUGCGACUCCAUGAUCAGAAACUGAAGAGCAAAAAGCAGGUGCACUGAAAGCAAGCAGCACAAAGCCUUCAGCUUAUGGACAGAACGCGGCUGAACUGAGCUUAGAAACAAACCGCUUGUAACCAAUUGCUGGAGCUGUGCACACACGGGAUUGCUGGGAGGAUGAGACACAUGGAUGCACAAACCUCCCCUGAAAAACAACCACACUUUUCUAAUAGCACGGCAGCACAAUUCAGCUGAACAAACACUGAAAGGCUGCGGCACAUUCGCUUUCUGCACAGGGCUCUAUUUUUAAGCAGGGAGCAGCUCUAAACCCAACUCCAGGAAACAGGCUGGCUGUGAUAGCGGCAGGUCCAGCACUGGGCUGUGAGAUAUGGGAGCACAGCACUUCCCUUUGGACUCCCAACUCAUUUAUGUAUGUGCAUGUGAAAUGUUAAUUACUGCCCAUUGAUUAGGACCAGAACAGCAAAGUGGUGAGGAACAUACUGAAUUAUAGCACAGCAGUUGUUCCAUGCAAUGCUCCCAAUGUGUUUCACUAAACCAGGGCUUCGCUGCAUAGUAUUUGCCCAUGUAAGAUGUCUUCAUUCAGACCGUAUGUAUAACUUUGGGUUUCCUUGACUUCUCUGUUUGUUUAUUAAUAUCUCACCCAUGCUGCAGUGUAACUCUGCCUUGGCUCUGCUGUAAAUUACACUCAUUCCAAUCAAACUACUGAACCCUGUUAUCACAGUGAUAAGCACAAACACCCCCAGGAAUUAUGGAUAACUCCCAAAAUAAAGCAAAGAUUCUCAACCCUCUGA